AUGUUUACUAAUCGUUUUUUAUUUAUUCGACGUUUACCAACAUUCAUCAUUGUCUGGCAUCAUAAUCUAAUAAAUCAUAUAACUCAAAUCUCAACAUCUCAUUCUCAAGUACUUUGCAAUUGGAAUGUGGCAAUAACACAAUCGAAUAGACGUAAAACACCUACAAAUACACUUGCAUUAUUCGAUAAAUUAAUUACUCAACAUCCAGAUAUAACACCUGAUUUUAUUACUUAUCUUCUUGUUUUGGGUGCUUGUAUACGUUUGGGUAACGUGGAUGAAGGAAAACAUAUUCAUGAAUAG